UUUUUUUUUCCGUUCUCCCUUUCGUCUACUCGCUGUACUCUUCUCUUUUUAAAGUCCUUUAUUCUAGGCGAUCUAUCCUGUUCUUUCUUUCUCUCUCCUCUCGUCAAAAUAUAACAUUCGGCCAUGCUUGCUACUACAUCUCAACAUCUCAACUAUCAUGAGCUGGACAAUAUCCUCAGCCAGCCAGAGACUGAACAUAACUGGGCCGCCAAAGAGGCUACUUUAAAGACCUUAGGAGCCGCAUGCCACUCGGGUAUAGCUCAGAACAAUGAGUACAUUGUUUUCAUUAAGAAUCAUCGAAAGGCUUUUGCUGAAUGUCUCCUUACAGAACGCACUCGUUUAUCAGGAGCGGCAUGUGAACUGGUUGAAAAGUUGUCGACAGCGAUGGGUCGCGACUUUGGAAUACACUUCCCUGACCUAUUCACAAAUCCUUUACUCAAAGUCUGUGCUAGGACUAACAAGGUCAUGGUUUCACGCUCUCUCAAGGCCCUCAACAGCAUGAUCAACGCAGGUAAUGUUGUUCCCUUACCUAGAGCAUGCAGUGCGUUUGCAACCAACAACAAGACACUCAGGAUCGCAUGCAUUGGGAUUAUUGCUAGCUGCAUCACGCAAUUCUCUUCUCAGGAAUUGGAGCCUCAUCUCCAUGCGUUUGAACCGAUUUUGAAGGAAGGUGUGUCCGAUGCAGCACCAGAGGUCAGAGACACAAGCAGAAAAUCGUACAAGGUCUAUGCAGAAAAGUUUCCAGAGAGAUCACAGAUACUUACAGCAACAUUGCCAGCAAAUGUACUCAAGUAUUUACUUCCUGACACAAGAUCAUCUGGACCGCAGUCAAGAGCAACCGUGUCUAGCCGCCUGGCGUCAAGUACAGGUCGUUCAAUAGAUGGAGGAGAGUUGCCACGUCACCAGUCCAGCCGCGAACUCACUGCGGGACUCAAUAGACCACCAAGCAGAGUUGGGCCUGUUCGCUCUAGAACAGUGUCUUUGGUUGACCAUAGCUCAUCAUCAUCAUCAUCAUCAUCAAGUAACUUUAAACCGCCUACGCAUUCAUCUCAGCAUACAUCUCAAUCGAGCCACUCCUAUUUGCACCACGGAACACAAGCUCAGCAGUCGCAUGGACCCUUGUCACAGCAGCAUCUCCAUCAUCACACUACACAUACCUUGACACGAAACCAUGGACCAGCUAGUAGGACUGGCUCGCUGACAGACUUGUCUGAAGGAUCAUCAGGACAUGGUGCCCAUCGUUUAUCAUCUCAAAGAAACCGCUCAUUCAGUAGCAACGCGUUAACAACUACCCAGCGUUCUCCUUCCAUCAAUUUGGCAACUAACGGAGGACCUCAAAGGGUCGUUCCUCCUGCUCCUUAUAGUGCUGACGGCUCAAAAACAACUCGACCAAGCUCAUCACAGAGUCGGUUUUCCAAGACAGAGCCCGUUUCAAAAUCUAAUCGGGCAUCAGUGCUCUCCAAUCAUCCUACUGCUUCUGCUGACCGCGAACACCAACCAAUGAGCGCUAGUGAGCGAGCCAAGGCCUAUGCAGCGAACCUGAAAGCUGAGAUGGCGAGCCGUCGCGCUGCAGAGACCCACAUGCGGAUGGGAUUGAACGGUGCCACGAGAAGAGCUACCGCAGAUUUAGGUCACAGUGGGUUUCAUGCUUAUGGAUCCAUAUCAUCUUCUGUCUCUGCUAGCUCCAAUGCAAGCACAGCCUCAACGUCCACCGCUACCUCGACGACCACUGUCUCCCCUGCCUCUUCCUCUUCCACAUCACCCACUACCGUUCAUCCUCCCAACCACGACUAUCUCUUCUCAACUUUCAGAAGUCAAACGAAUUCCCAAUUAGGGUCAUCACCCCCAGAAUCCUGCCCUUCUCCUGAGGCUAGACAUUCGACGCCACCCAUGUCUCAGCCACCAGAAGAGUCUCUUGCAGGUGCUACUGGUGUUGUCAGCGGUGCUCUAGAAACCCCUCUAUCACCCACAUUCAUGGCUCAGGUUUCCUUGGAUACCUCCUCUAACAAUAGCAUGGAGGAUGCACAUCCUUCUGAAGGACAGCCCAGCAGGACACACUCGUCACAGCCACAAUAUCACGGCCUAUCGGGCGAUGACAGCACAGCCAAUUUGGCAGGAUUUUCUCCUGCACCAUUGUCGCCAUUGUCGCCUCGUUCCCCCCAUUCACCCCACUCGCUUUACUCGCCUCUCCAGCAACAGCAACAAGAUUCAGUCUAUGUGCCACCAUCACCUAAUUUUGAGCCAAACCAUUCUGAGGAGCGUAAUCAUGACUUUAAUAUCGUAGGUACAUUUGUUGGGAUUGACAAGGAUCAUGAUCAUGAUGACAAGGACCAUGACCAUGAUCAGUGCUUAGAUCACAACAUGAGUAUCCCAGAUCACGAGAGCUUGUUUGGAAAUACAGAGAACUAUCUGCAGGCGGAGCAAGAAAUUUUAGAGCUGCAAAAAUCGCUUCGACUCUCCAGUCAACCAACAGGAAAGGAAGGUGAUAGCAUGGUUGAGGACCAUAACGAGCUCAAUGAGCAUUUUAUGGACGAGGACCCACUGUCACUUGAUCAGGCAGAGGAGAUGGAGGUUAAGGCCUAUGUGGAGCGUUAUGGGGCUGCGAUGGAGGCAGAGGCGGAGGAAGAGAUCAUUGCAACGUCAGUAACAACAACGACUGUAACCACAACAACUGUGUCGCAGUCGACGAAUGAAGUAUCCGAUGUCACACCAUAGCAUUUGCAUAUUUGUCAGUGUCAACCUCCUCAGGAAAGCAUUCAAGUAUACACACAAGGCACAGCACAUAUAAAACCUCAUGAUAUUAUAAAUGCCAAAGAAAUAAAAUAAACGAGCCAAAGAUCAUGGCCUCGCCGCGGUCGGCUCUUGUCUUGUUG